AUGUACAAGUUGUGCGGUUGUAAAGGGACCUCAAAUUCGUCAUUGAAAUUGUACAAUGUUGGUGCACCAUGGGAGAGGAUAGCCAUUGACGUUGCGGGGCCGUUUCCAGAAACUGAAAGUGGUAACAAGUAUUUCAUGGUUGUGAUGGAUUACUUCACUAAGUGGCCAGAAGUCUUCGCCAUUCCAAAUCAAGAAGCUUCAACCGUUGCAGAUAAACUAGUUCAUGAAGUCUUCUGUCGUUUUGGAGUACCUUUAGAGAUUCACAGCGAUCAAGGAAAGAAUUUUGAGUCACAAAUAUUCCAGGAAACUUGCCGAGUUAUGGGUACUCAGAAAACACGAACAACUUCUUACCACCCACAAUCUGAUGGAAUGGUAGAAAGAUUUAAUCAGACAUUGGAGAGGUACCUAGCAAAGGUUGUGGAAAAACGGCAACGAGACUGGGACAGGCACAUACAACCGUUUUUGUUGUCAUAUCGAAGCGCUGUUCACGAAAGUACAUCAGUGACACCAGCUUUCGCAAACUUUGGGAGAGAAUUGCGGCUGCCUGCAGACCUGAUCACCGGAAUACCACCUGAUGCCCCACGCAGUAUAACCGAUUAUGCAAAUGACUUGCGGAACAAAAUGAAUGACAUUUAUGAGCACGUCAGACAGACGGGCCAGCAAACGUCUGAGAAGAUGAAAACACGGUAUAACCGCAAAAUGAACAACAAGGGGUUUGAUGAAGGUUCACUAGUGUGGUUACACAAUCCAGCUCGCAGCAAAGGGAAAUCUCCUAAGCUUCAAGCUAAAUGGGACGGACCGUACCGGAUUGUGACAAGGAUCAAUGACGUAACCUACCGGAUACAGAAAGGUGUCAGAGGUACUCCUAAGAUUGUCCAUGUGGAUCGACUGGCGCGUUAUUAUGGGGCCAAUAAUGCUCGGGACGAGCAUGUCUUAGGAGGGGGCAGUGUUACGCGCCACUAA